AUGGCCGAUUAUUAUGCGCAGCGUGCAUCGGCGGGGCUGCUGAUCUCUGAAGGAACCGGGAUCAGUCGCGAAGGGCUGGGCUGGCCGUUCGCGCCGGGGCUGUGGACCGACGAGCAGGUCGAGGCGUGGAAGCCAGUGACCGACGCCGUCCACCGCGCCGGCGGCCGGAUCGUCACCCAGCUAUGGCAUAUGGGCCGGGUGGUGCAUCCCGACUUUCUGGGCGGUGAGGCCCCGCUCUCCUCGUCGGCGACGACCGCACCGGGACAGGCGCAUACCUAUGACGGGAAGAAGCCGUACGAGGCCGCGCGCGCCGCGACGCUCGACGAUAUCGCCCGGGUGCUCGACGAUUAUUCGCGCGCCGCGCGCAAUGCCAAGGCCGCCGGGUUCGAGUGGCGUGCAGUUGCACGCCGCCAAUGGCUAUCUGAUCGACCAGUUCCUGCGUGA